AGUUCUUAUGAUUUUUAUCAUGUGAUUGAUGAUCACAGAAAAAUAAAUAACAAAUAUGGCGGACAAAGAUUCUCUUAGACUUUAUAAUGUUGUUUUAAAUGGGGUUUGUUUUAUGCUAAUCUUUACAGCGUUUAAUACUAGUGGAAAUAUUCAAACUGCUGCUUUGAAUAAUGUGGAAAGGCAUGGAGAAAAAAUCUUUACUAAUACUGGGUACAUUAGCUUGGCAAUCAUAUAUGUUGUAUUUUCACUGGCAAAUUUUAUUGCGCCACCAUUUAUACAAUUAUUUGGACCAAGAUUUGCUAUGGUUUCUGGAGCACUAACUUACUGUUUGUUCAUAGCAUCAAUUAUUUAUCCAUUUGUGGCAACGUUAUACAUUGCAUCUAUUUUGUUGGGAGUUGGAGCUGCAAUAUUGUGGUGUGGCCAAGGAAACUUUCUAACAAUUAACUCUGAUGCUGAAACUAUUAGCAGAAAUUCAAGCAUUUUUUGGGCAUUACUUCAGUGCAGCAUGCUGUUCGGAAAUAUUUUUGUGUACUUUUUCUUGGCUCAGGCCAAAUCUAUAUCAAACAUAAAAAGAGAAGUUUUAUAUACAGUAUUAACAGUUUGUGCUGUUCUUGGAACUCUAGCACUUCUUUUUUUGAGAGCACCUCCAAAAAGUAAGAUUGAAACAGAAUCAGUAGGCAGCUCUGAUGAUGGAUCUACUGAUCCAGUUGUUUCAAAACAUGAAAGCUCUCAACCACGCAACAUUCAACCAACUCCUUUGCAAGUUUUUUUUGGUUCAUUCAGGCUCCUUUUUACGAAAGAUAUGUUGCUACUUUCAGUGACAGCCUCAUAUACAGGAUUCGAAUUGGCAUUUUAUAGUGGUGUUUAUGGAACUAGCAUUAGCAAUACCAGUAAUUUAAAUGAAUCACAUAGACAAGUUGGUUUAAUGGGAAUUCUUGUAGGAUGCGGAGAAAUUUUGGGUGGUUUAUUGUUUAGUAUUUUCAGUAAACAUACAAAGAAAUAUGGUCGUAAUCCAAUUGUUCUGUCAGGGUUUAUAAUUCACAUUAUUGCUUUUUAUCUUAUAUUUCUCAAUGUUCCUGAUCGAGCUACUCUUGAACCAACAAAUGGAGAUUCAUUCCUUAAUUAUAAUUUAUAUGUUUAUGGUUUGUGUGCGUUUUUUCUUGGAUUUGGUGACAGUUGUUUUAAUACACAGAUGUACACUAUUUUGGGGACAGCUUAUGCUAAUGAUAGUGCUUCAGCCUUUGCGCUUUUUAAAUGUUUGCAGUCGCUAUGUUCUGGGAUUGCGUUUGCUUAUGGUUUAGUUCUAACUUUAAAAUGGCAACUGCUGAUUCUGGUAAUUACAGCAUUUUUUGGCACGGUAUCUUUUAUCAUAGUGGAGCGUAAGCAAGAAUCGUUAAAAAAUAUUUGUUAUACAAACUUAUCAUAGCAGAUUUUAUAAUAACUCAACUGGUUGUUUCUACAAAACAAUUAAUUUCACUUUUUUGUAGAACUUUGUAGAAAAUAUUAUAAUUAAAUUAUUUUAUAAUUAUUUUGUGUUAUAAAAUUAUUUUUAAAAGUUAAAUUUUAUUUUUUAUGG